AGCAAAUGUGUUGAAUCUUAAUUGAUUGAAGCCCGAUACUGUACUGUGCAUUUGUGGCGUAGCCUACCAGAUUGCGGUUUAGAUGAAGAGUUCUAGACAGGAGACCCGAAGGCUAUGGCAGCGGAUGAAACCUUUAAGAAAAACCUAAAUAAAAGCAUGACGUUGCUAGCUGUGUAGUUUGUCUACACCUUCCUUUCACUGCAACUGCAGUUUCUGCAGAAAUGGACUUUAAUACAUUUGGUGUGUAAAAAGUGAGUCAGUUUGACAUCUGUAAACAAAGUUCUCAAUGUUUGAGUGGAGCUGAGGAGAAAUCUAAUCUGGUUCUUGAAGUCGCCGAUUCUGAGUGGAAGGGAGUGUUUAAAUUAUUAUCAGUUGACAUAGAGUAUCAGCAUUUGUAUGAAACUGAACUGUCUGUCAGACGCUUGGUCUUUCUGUGCAUGAUUUAGCUCUUUGCAUGCCUUGCCGUUGAUGACAACACAAAGUAAAUAGUGUUCCACAAAAGUUUUCAGACAAAACUUUUGUGACUUAGAUAGACAGCGCAUGAAAAAAUGCUACUCUUCAAUGAUUGUGUUGUCGCUCUUGAUGUUGCUAAAAGUCACUUGUUAGUCCAGCUGUGUCUCUAUCAUCUGUACACAAACUCACCAGUCGAAAGGGGCCUGUUAGUUGACUGCUACUGGCUCUUGUGUGUAGGAGGUGGUGGUUUUGACAUGUCAUAGCUAGCACCAGGCUCAAGGAGGGGCAGGAGGAGGGAAGGUGGAAGAGUAUGUUUCACAGAGCGCUUUCAGUUUGUUCUCAAGCAGUCAGGUAUGCGCCUUCCACAGCAUGACGGGGGCUCUUCAAACAGCAAACCGGGAACUGCUAAGAUAAAAACAUUAAGUUAGGAGAGUUUUGGACGUUUUUUUUUAGCUGGGCUUCAGAUUGUCAGUAGGAGAGUCCCUCCUGCCUGAAUCCACGAGAGCACCAUGCAGUUCUGGAGCCUUCUCAGCUGUGCACAGGGAGAUAUUUCAAGGAUAUCUUACUACACAGAGUAUGACGGACACCUAGCACCCACUAAAGGUAUGGCGGCGGCUUACCUGGACCCCAACCUGAACCAUGCUGUGUCCAGGGGUCAAGCCCGGCUCAGUGCUGGGAUGGAGCGCCCUCCUGGUAUGCUGGAGCGACUGCUCAAGAUCUUCCACUACUUCGAGAGCAGCAGUGAGCCUUGCACCUGGGCGAGCAACAUCCGACACGGGGAUGCCACGGACGUCAGGGGGGUCAUCCAGAAGAUUUUGGACAUCCAUAAGGUGAAGUGUGUGUCCAGCUUCGGUCUGCGUCUGAGCCACCUCAAGACGGGGGAGGUGCACUGGCUGCACCCUGACCUGGGGGUGUCCCACGUGAGGGAGAGAUUCGAGCGCAUGUACCCCCAGGAUGAGUGGAGGUAUGAGCUGCGGAUACGCUAUUUGCCAAAAGGAUUCCUGAACCAGUUCACCGAAGACCAGCCAACACUCAACUACUUUUAUCACCAGGUUAAGAGUGACUACAUAUUUCAGACAGGGGAUCAAGUAGACCAAGACAUUGCACUUAAACUGGGCUGUCUUGAAAUCAGGAGGUUCUUCCGGGACAUGAGAGGAAAUGCACUGGACAAGAAGUCAAAUUAUGAAUUAUUAGAGAAGGACGUGGGGCUGAGGAGAUUCUUUCCCAAGGGGUUGCUGGAAUCUGUCAAGGCAAAAGCACUGCGGAAGUUGAUCCAACAGACCUUCAAACAGAUUGCCAACCUCAACGAUGCGCAGUGCAUCCUCAAGUUCUUCGAGAUUCUUUCGCCGAUCCACAGAUUUGACAAGGAAUGUUUUAAAUGUGCUCUGGGGACCAGCUGGGUUAUAGCAGUGGAGCUGGCCAUCGGUCCUGAAGAGGGCAUCAGUUACCUCACAGACAAGGGCUCCACGCCCACCCAUUCUGGCUACUUCACGCAGGUGCAGAGCAUCCAGUCCUCCUGCCUGGAGGAGAAGGAGCGCAAAGGCAUGCUUCUGCUGGAUGUGGCCGGUGCUCCUGAGCCUCUCACGGUCACCACAUCAUGUAUGACCACCGCCGAGAACAUGGCCGACCUGAUCGAUGGCUACUGCCGCCUGGUCCAUGGCACGUCUCGCUCCUUCAUCGUCCGAGUGCACAAAGAGGGAGAGAGAGCCUUGCCCUCCAUACCCAAGUCAAUGCCAAAGUCAACGCCAAAAGUCUCCAACCAUGACAAGCGCUUGGAGGGCGUGAGGACGAGGGCCAUAUCUGUCUCAGAGGACAUAAGCGGGGACGAAACAGAUGACUAUGCUGAGAUCAUAGAUGAAGAGGACACCUACACUAUGCCAUCAAAGUACUAUGGAUUAGAUGAAGCUAGAGACUAUGAGAUCCAGAGGGAGAGGAUUGAGCUGGGCCGCUGCAUUGGAGAAGGGCAGUUUGGAGACGUUCACCAGGGAGUGUACAUCAGCCCGGAGAACCCUGCACUGUCUGUGGCCAUAAAGACCUGCAAGAACUGCACCUCAGACAGCGUCAGAGAAAAGUUUCUGCAGGAGGCCUUGACCAUGCGGCAGUUUGAUCACCCCCACAUUGUGAAGCUGAUUGGCGUGAUCACGGAGACCCCUGUGUGGAUCAUCAUGGAGCUGUGCACCCUGGGCGAGCUGCGCUCCUUCCUCCAGGUCAGGAAGUACAAUCUGGACCUGGCCUCCCUCAUCCUCUACUCCUACCAGCUCAGCGCCGCCCUGGCCUACCUGGAGAGCAAACGCUUUGUACAUAGAGAUAUAGCUGCUAGAAAUGUCCUGGUAUCCAAUGUGGAUUGUGUGAAGCUGGGGGACUUUGGUCUGUCAAGAUACAUGGAGGACAGUUCUUAUUACAAAGCUUCUAAAGGGAAACUUCCAAUUAAAUGGAUGGCACCAGAGUCCAUAAACUUCAGACGUUUUACCUCAGCCAGUGACGUGUGGAUGUUUGGCGUCUGCAUGUGGGAGGUCCUCAUGUACGGGGUUAAGCCCUUCCAGGGGGUGAAGAACAAUGACGUCAUUGGCCGCAUUGAGAAUGGCGAGCGGCUGGCCAUGCCCCACAACUGCCCCCCUACCCUCUACAGCCUGAUGACCAAGUGCUGGGCCUACGACCCCAGCAAGAGGCCUCGCUUCACGGAGCUCAAGGCUCAGCUCUGCACCAUACUGGCCGAGGAGAAGGCCCAACAAGAGGAGCGCAACCGCAUGGAGAUGAGGCGGCAGGUCACAGUGUCCUGGGACUCCGGAGGCCCGGACGAGGCACCACCCAAACCCAGCAGGCCUGGUUACCCCAGCCCCCGCUCCAGCGACGGGUUCUACCCCAGCCCCCAGCACCUGGGCCAGCACAACCACUACCCGAUCUCUGGUUACCCCGGCGCUCACGGAGUGCCACACAUGCACAGUGGGGGAUUCCCCCCUCAGGCGUCUGGUCUGGACACACACGACGGCUGGAACCAUCACAGACCCCCACAGGAGGUGCCCAUGUGGUCCCCCAAAAUGGAGGAUGGGUGCACUUUGGACAUGCGUGGUCUAGGACAGGGUCUGCCUCAGCACCUGAUGGAGGAGCAGCUCAUGCUGCAGCAGCAUCAGAUGGAGGAAGACCAGCGCUGGCUGGAGCAGGAGGAGCGCUUCCUGAAGCCUGAAUCAAGGGGAAGCAUUGACAGAGAAGACUGCAGCCACCAGGGUCCAACAGGAAACCAGCACAUAUACCAGCCUGUAGGCAAACCAGAGCAUGCAGCACCACCCAAGAAGCCUCCGCGCCCAGGAGCCCCCAGUCACCUGGGCAGUUUGGCCAGUCUGAACCCAGUGGACAGCUACAAUGAGGGAGUGAAGCCCUGGAGGAUCCAGCCUCAGGAGAUCCACCCUCCCCCCACUGCCAAUGUGGACCGCUCCAACGACGCGGUGUAUGAGAACGUGACGGGGCUGGUGAAGGCCGUGAUCGAGAUGUCCAGUAAGAUCCAGCCGGCGCCUCCUGAGGAGUACGUGCCCAUGGUGAAGGAAGUGGGUUUAGCUCUGAGAACGCUACUGGCUACUGUUGAUGAGACCAUCCCCACUCUGCCAGCUAGCACACAUCGUGAGAUUGAGAUGGCCCAGAAGCUGCUUAACUCCGACCUGGCUGAGCUGAUCAACAAGAUGAAGCUGGCCCAGCAGUACGUCAUGACCAGCCUGCAGCAGGACUACAAGAAGCAGAUGCUGACCGCCGCUCAUGCCCUGGCCGUGGACGCCAAGAACCUCCUGGACGUCAUCGACCAGGCCAGGCUCAAGAUGAUGAUGGGCCAGCCACGGCCCCACUAGAACUGACCCCGCUCACUGGAGGGUCCGGGGCGCAUGGGGGAUGGGUUACCUGUUCUUGGUGGACUGAACUUGGCACCACCGAAGCAGCAGGCGGGCGGGCGGACACCCUCCCCCAGACUGCCUCACACCAGCAUGUAGGACUCCACAUUAGGACUCUUGAUAAAGAGGGAACGAGGAGAUACACAACUUCCGAGAAACUCACUACUGACUGACUCCUCUGCCACAUCAGAUGAACAGACUUCUAGCCGAUGGCAAGGCUGCUGUAAUCUAUUGUGUGUGUGUAUGUAUGUAUGUAUGCGUAUGUCUGUAUAUGUGUGUGUAUGUAUGUAUGUAUGUAUGUAUGUAUGUAUGUAUGUAUGUAUGUAUGUAUGUGUGUAUGUGUGUAUGUGUGUGUGUGAGCUUAUGCUUGUAUGCAUUGGUUGUGUUGCUCAAAGGCCAAGUGGCACCCUGGAGUUAAACAUGUGAUCUCCUGGAUCAGGGCGAAGGAGCCUGAACUGAUGAACUGGAACGUUUGCACUGGUCACUUCACUUGGUGAAUCUUUUGAGACUCUCACACUCACACUGGCAGUAUCAGCCACCUGUCAGUGCGUGUUCAUUUCAGCUCAAAGCCACACACAGCCCUGGCCAUCUCCAAAUCUACUACUAAAGCAACAGAUUAAAUAAACCAUCACAAAGUAA